UAUGUUGGGGCUGGCUGUCUCUUUGCACUGUGCAACCUUCUGUGUGUUCUCUCCCCCGUGCACUCAACCCUCCAGAACUCUGAGUGCCUUUGUAACAUUCUGUCUAUAUAUGAGGUGCUAAGGAAGACAACAAAAGGAAGAAAGCUGCCACAGACACAGUUUGGCUUGGACUGUGAAUUAACAUUCCAGUAAAAAUGCUGGGAGUACUGCUUGUGUCGUCCGUUCUCCUUGUGGGUCUAGCUCCACAGACCCAGGCUAUAUGGGUGUACACUAGCUGGGAGCGGCAUGGCCUUGUAGGAUCAGAGAUUAAGCUUUACUGCUCUUUCUUCUCCUGGCGCUGGCUCUCUGAAGAUGUGUCCUUCUCCUGGAGCUACAAGCCUGAAGCUGCAAAAGACAGUAUUUCGAUCUUCCAUUUUGCAAGAGGACAAGCCUAUGUGGACAACAAAGGUCCUUUCAGAGACCGUUUGGAGUUUGUUGGAAACCCAAAGCGGAGGGAUGGGUCUAUACUGAUCCGGAACCUGGAGUACAAUGACAAUGGCACAUUUACUUGUGAUGCCAAAAAUCCACCAGACAUAGUGGGCAGGCCUUCCAGUGUGAAACUGCUGGUCUUUGACAGAGUGCCAACAAGGGCUGGUGUGAUAACUGGAGCCAUCAUCGGGUCCGUGCUGGGUGUGGUCAUCCUUAUUUUGGCUCUCUACUACCUGAUGAGAUUCUUGGUUGCACGAAGAGUCCUCAGCCUGAGUGUCAGCACAGUAGAAAAGGGAAAGAAGAAAUCAGGCAAGGAGGGAUCCCAGCAGAGACAGGGCCCAGUUCUGUAUGCAACACUGGAUCAGUCCAGUAAACUCCUAAAAGGAGUCGGAUCUGACAAGAAGAAGUCUGACUCAAAGAGGGAUAAGAAAUAGGAUUCGGGGAGCAGAGAGCCAGCAGCAGCAGCAGAUGAUUUGGACCAAAAACCAACUGAUCGAAAGGAAACCAAACGAAUGAGAAAAGAGAGGGAGAAGCGUGAGAAGGAGGAAGGCCGGAGGGGGGAGGGGGGAGCCGGUGCUGUGGAGCCCGCCGCUGGCUCUCCCAAAUCACCUAAGAGCUCACGGGUUGUCAUGACCAUUGAGCUUGAGCUCAAAGGAGAUGGCAAAACCUCUGAGGCGGAGGGUCCAGUAGCAGCGGACAGCAAACCUCCAGAGAUCCCCAAGAAAUCGUCCAGCUUUCUCUCGCAGCUCUCCAACAAACUCGCCCCCAAGAACAAUGGCUAAACUUGUACAGAUCUGCCUGCCCAUAUUGUUCAAACGUAAACACCAACUUGUCAUUAAUGUUUCUUAGUUGUAGAGUAUACACUUUUAGACCUAUAAUGUCUUAAUGAUGCAUAAGGUGACAUUAAAAUAUCAGCAAGUCAAUAAAAUAUAAGUCAGUUUUUAAUCAAUUUAGUUAUGCGCACCAGAAGGAACUCAAGGAUACGUAACACCAGACAGCACUCAUACAUGGGGUAUUGGCAAGUUGAACAGUCAUUACCUUCAUCUGCUUGUUUUGCCUCAAUUCGAUUGCACCUUGCACUCUCAUUAAUGAAAUUGAUUGCUACUGCUAAUUAAAUCCAGUAGAGGAUGCAUGCCUUAUGUUUAAUCGCGUGGAUGGAACAGUCGAUUAAAAGUGUUCAUAGAGUCCAGCAUGGCAACUAGCUACACUCAUGUUAGGGAAUAAAUUAAAAGGAAGUGUAUAAUUCUGAUCAGUAUACAGUAUGAAGCAAAGUAAAGAACGUAAACAUAAGAAAAAUUAAGGCGUUCGUCACAUUGCUAAAAUUAGUUCCUGCCAAAGGAGCAACACUGCAGGAAAUUCUCUAAAGGAAAGGCUGUACAAUGGGAAUAAAGCCAUAUUAAAAAGUAAACACGUCAUUUUUUUUCGAGAAAGAGUGAUUCUUUUGAACGAUCACAAUAAAUUGAUUUAUGGUGCUAUUCACAAACAAAUGUGAACAUUUACCUCAACGUCUGUGUUUUUCAGUGCAGCUUCUACUUGCGUUUCUUCAAACUUGCUGUAUGGUGAAUGUUGGCUUGUAGCUGCUUGUGCAGUUCUACUCGUGACCAACAGAGGGCACUCUCAGCACCACCGUUGUUUUUCUCCCUGUUUUUCUGUGCCGCUGUUGGUAAGUAGUAGGGUGUUGUAGCGUGUUAGCCAUUACGGAUGUAAUAAGAUGUCAAGCAAAAUGACACCUUUUAUCGGCUAACUGAACUGAUUACAACCUGCCUGAAGAAGGAGCCUGAGCCGCCUCGAAAGCUUGCAUAUUAUAAUCUUUUUAGCUAGCCAAUUAAAGGUGCCAUUUUGCUUGACUUCUCCGUGCAGCUGUUUGAAAUACUAACUGCUUCUCAAACUUUCGAUGCUGGGUGACAUGGUGGCACAGUAGUAGUGCUGCUGCCUUGCAGUAAGGAGACCAGGGUUUGCACCUUGGGUCUUCCCUGUGGAUGGUUUGCAUGUUCUCCCCUUGUCUGUGUGGGUUUCCUCUGAGCACUCCAGUUUCCUCCUGCUGUCCAAAGACAUGCUGGUGAGGUGAAUUAGUGUCGCUAAAUUGCCUUCGGUGUGUCUUUGGUGCGUAUUAGAAGGGGGUGUUCACCCUCAGAUGAACUGGCGCCCUGUCCAGAAGUUUGUUCCUGCCCUGCAACCCUGGUCUGAAUUAAGCAGGUCAGAAAAUGACAAGAAAGUAAAUUUCUGUGCUUCAGAUUUUUAACUGUAGGUCAAGGAGAUGGCUGGAAAAUAUUAAAAACAUGUCACAGUUUUCAGAGCAGCGUUGAAUUACGAAGGCAACUUCUUAUUUUCGUUCUUUACCCUAAGUGUGCUCCACAAUUCACAAUCCACUUAGUAUUCAGCACUUUAACUCUGCGAAAGGCUGGCAUUUAUUUAUUUUAUAUCAGCAAUCAAAUGUUUAAUAUGAUGUAUAAUGUAUGCAGGCAAGCUGCCUUGUUUUGGGGAAUCUAGAAUUAUACCUGCGGCUUGCCUACUGGGUCUGAAUUUAUGGGUGCUGUCUAAUAUAAAGAUGCGUGUAGAGGAAUCGGAAGCCUUUAUUUACAACAAAAACAAUUUUAGUUAUCUUUGAAAAGUGACUGACAACCAAAUGAAGUCACAGCAUCCAAAUAGCUAGAAAAACAGUUGGUGUUUACUUUUAAAAUGAUAAGCAGCAGAAGUUAAAUAUAUAUGUAUAUGCCACUCGGCCAGUUUUAACAGUUUUUUUUUUUUAAUACAAAGAUUGUGCUAUGCAAUGAAACCAACAGUACUGAAAAUGUAUGUUUCCGAGAAUAUGAUGAAUUUGCGUUUCCAUUCUGACACUCCCAGCCAGAGUGGAUCACUGGCUUUAAAGCCGCCCAAGUUGCCGCCAUUCCAAAAGGCCCUCAGAAUUUCAUUUUGUUACAACCUACUUGAAUUUUAAAACGGUUUAAAGCCUAGUGCCUCCGUCUGAAUCAUAUUCCUUAGAAACAUAGAGAGUACGGUACAUCUCAGAAAUUAUACAUUUUGCUAAGUAAACGCCUUGAAGUCUGCCAGCUCUCUGCUGUAUACCAAAAAUGCAAGCUUUGCAGCAGUGUGGGUCAUUACCUGACUGCACUGACGUGUACAAAAUAUGGAAGUGUAUCAUUUUAAGUUUCUGCCCAUGGGCGCCCGUAUGUGUAAAAUAAAUGCAAAAAAAAAAAAAAAUCUACUUUGGGGAAACCCGUUCAAUUUGGACUGUUCUGUGUGUCUAGAACCUCCUAAUCCUGCUGUAAUAUUAACAAGCUUCUCAGUGCUCACAUGCCUCCAUGUGAUUGUGCCAAGCUAGCCUCUCUUGCUGCUCUUUGUUAUUAUGAGAGCGCCAAGUAGAAGAACGCUUUGAACCAGAAAACAAGGAGGAGAAAAAGACUCUGAACACAUGUCUCCAUCUUUAAAAGUUACUUACCACCUUGGAGGUUGAUGUAUGGUUGGUGAAAAAGACAAAAACAAAAACAUGUGAACCUGUACAGAACUUCAUAGUUUAACUUGACCGCUUUGGAGCAACAGUCCUAAAGAUAAGAAACAGACCAUUAUAAAACAAAACAAAAACAUCCCUCCAGACAACUGGUUCUGAUUUCCACUUUGGUUUUUUUUAUUAACACUUUGGAAUAAGGACUAAGGGUUUGCUAUGUUUCAAAUAUAACUGUGUAACACAAACAAAGCUUUUGUUGUGGUCUUAUUUUGCGGCACAAACUGAUUAAGAAAUGCCCUCCAGGCCGACCCAAUUGUAAUCUCAUUUGUGGUACUUUGCAAGUCUUAUUAAGACAAAACAAAGCCUUUGUUAGGGUCCUGUUACAUAGUUGUACGUUACUAACAGAUGCAGCUCACUAGGCCCUAUUCUAAAGUGUCUGUGUUUUUAAGUGAGUGAGGUAUGAUAUACAGAUUGUUUAAAUAAAGACUUUGUGAUUAACUCAGUUUCCUUGUGUUUAGCUCUAGGUGCAUUGCUAACAGCCUCUUGUCGAUUCAACUGUUGUAAAAAUUAAAAACAAAAAUCCCAAAAACAAAAAAAUAUACCUAUGUAUUAAAAAUAAAUAAAAAAGGUGUCUGAAUUGUA